AUGACCUCUGCCGCCGCCAGCACCAGACUUCCGCGCCGCAGCACCACGACCUCCGCCGCCGCCAGCACCACGGCCGGUCCCAGGUGCGCCGAGUCCUUCAUCGACCUCGGCGCCAUCGGCUGUUACCACAUCCACGAGUCGUCCAUGAACUUCGCCGACGCACUGCUCUACUGCCAGAGCCUGAACGCCGAUCUGGCAACACCUUCCUCGCUGGACCCCCUGAGGCAGUACCUCCUGGACAACGGCAAAACAGGCGAGUACUGGGUGGGCCUCGUGCGUCCGAGCGGCUGGAUCGACGGGCGGCGCGACGACCCGAGCGAGUGGGACGAAGGUGAACCCAACGACUCGGGUGCUUGUGCCAGGCUCAGGGAUAGCUCGGAUUUCAAGGCAGCGGACCACGGCUGCCUCAACAGCUACAAGGUCAUCUGCGAGCAGGAGGUCUAAGGGGAAAGCAGGCGGAAUUAUGUUUUUUUUUUUUCCCUCCCUUUCUCUCUCUCUUCU